AUGUCGCGCGCGUCGCUUCUCUCGUUACCAGUAGAGAUUCUUUAUCGUAUUCUUGAUCAUCUCGAUGCUCAUUUUAUUCUUAUUUCGCUUCGAUCUCUCUGCAAGCGAUUACAAGCCGUUGUCGAUACUUAUGAUCGAUAUGAACUCAAUGUUUCGACAAUGUCCUGUUCGCAGAUCAAACUCAUAUUUCAUAUCAUUCAACCGGAAAUGAUAAGUUCAUUGAUUUUAUCCAUUGGCUCAAAUACAGACGACAUUCGUGGAUUUUGUCAACUGCGUUUUCUAACUCUUAUUGAAAGCAACUCCUAUGAUAUUAAUCGAUAUUAUCCGAAACCUCAGUUACAAGAGAAAAAUCUUGUUAAAUCGUUUGCACUUGUUUUAUCAGCAAUCGCCAAUCCUAAAGUUCGAAAGUUACAUUUAAAAAAUAUUGAUUACAUGACCGAACAAAUAUCCUGGCCAUCCCAGUGCGCACUACAACAUAUCACAUUAAGAAACUGUACGUAUACACAAUAUCAUACCAUUCUGCGUAGUUUAUCACAGUUACAGACUUUUGUAAUGAGAGACUGCACCAUAAGUGAUGAUGAGAAAGCAUUGCUAAAUUCGUACAGCCAAUUAGUUUCUCUAACAAUCGGUGACUGUAAUCUGUCAAUCAAUGAUAUUGAAUUCCUUGUGUCAAAAACACCUUCACUUAUACAUUUCAAGUUGGGCUCUCGUCGAAAAGUCUAUGACUCAACUUUCAGUGGUUCUUGGUGGGAACAAUUCUUCAAGACUAAUCUUCCUAAUUUAACAAGAUUUCAGUUUUUCUUCUCCUAUACUUUGAACAAUGACGAUGUUAUUACUGAGGUUGAUUCACUUAUUGAUUCAUUUCAAACACCGUUCUGGGUAAACAUGAAGUAUUGUUUUGUCCAAUGUGACUAUGUCAUGACACGAACAAUGAUCAAUCUUUAUACAACACCUGUUAAUAUGAAUAGUACUGACUCCUUAUUUCAAUCAAUUACGGCAACUGAUUCUCCUGCUGCCACAAUCAGAUGGAGAAUAUCAUCAACUGAUGUUAUGUGUUGUCCUACGUUGGCAUGGACAAAUGGAAUACUCGAUUACUCGGAAACACAGGUAUGUUCUUAG